AUGACUACACAUAACAGCAAAAUCAAAGCAGUCUUUUUCGAUUUCAUGGGCACAUGUCUAGACUGGCAUAGCAGUGUGGUACAAGCUUUCCCUCCGGCAAUAAACAACAAAACUGCAUCCGAUCUAGCUCUCGAAUGGCGGAAGCAGUAUUUCAUCGCAAAUAACCAGCGUUACAUCCAGGGCCUUGCUCCUGAAGACAUCGACAUAACACUCGCUCGAGUGCUCGACUCAGUUCUUGAACAAUUCCAAGAUGUUAAAUCUCAACUCGACACAGACGCCAAAGAGAGACUUGUCGAAGCGUGGCAUUCACAACCAGCUUGGCCUGAAGUACAACAGGCAAUUAGAAGCAUUCAAGAGGAUCUUGGAUUGGAAGUUUUCGUUCAUGCCAAUGGCACGACUCGUCUCCAACUUGAUCUCACUCGCUCUUCGGGGUUGAAUUUCAACAUGUUGUUUUCCAGCCAGCUCCUGGGUGUUUACAAGCCAGCUCCCGAGGCAUACCAGAAGGCAUUGCAACUGGUGAAGCUUCAACCAGAGGAGGUGGUGUUAGUUGCGGCCCAUGCCUACGACCUGCGAGGUGCUCAAAAUGUUGGACUGAGGAUAAUAUAUAUCCAUCGAUGGACAGACGACAUUGAUGAGGACAUGGAGAAAGUCAAAACCGAGUUUGAUUACUACUUAGAAAAUAUGGAGUCUCUCUCCGAUACGAUUGCAAAGAUAUAG